GUUUUACAUUUUCUUUUCCUGAGAAUUUUUAUUGUUACCCCAAUCUUGGUACCAUGCCUCAGACAACCAGGCUCUUCAAGAAACCUCUGAAACGCACUGAUAUCACCAGGAGGCUAGCAAUCCGAUCAAAGAGUCUGGAAUUCUUUCCAAAUUUCAAUGGAAGCCAUACCGUAAAAUUGAACAUUCGGUAUGAGGAUCAGGUGUGGCCAAUGGUAUGUUCCACUAGGAAACAGGGGUACAAAAAACCUGUUUUCUCUAACGGUUGGAUACCCUUUGUUCGCCGCAACCGCUUAGGUGUCGGAGAUGUAGUGACCCUCUACAAGGAAGAAGGGGAAGCAGGAUUCUGGUAUCGAAUUGAGGUGGACAGAGCAACCAGGGCACCUUCAAUUGAUGGGAAUUCGGGUGCUUCAGUCCCCAACAAGGCUAAACCCAAAACAAAAUUCGGUAAAGCAUUCAAUAAUGCCAAGAAGAUAGACUUGGGAUUGGUCAGCCCUAACGGUUUUCAAGAGAAAACUGUUCUGAAUUUAGAUUUGACUCUAGCACCACCAGGAGAGUUAUCAAGCUAAAAAUUAAGCUAGAAAGCAGAGUAGAGAGUUAUUUCACCAAGGAGUUGCUAGAUUUAAGGUGAUCUGUAAGAAAAAUAUAUUGAAAUAUUUUUGUAUCGCCAAAGUAUUAGAAGUUCUAUAAACUUUUUUCUUAUCGAAUUUGAGAUAGUUUAGUAGAGAUUUGGAUCGCAUAAAUAUCAAUUUAUCUU